AUGUCCUUCCUCCCUGAACCCACCCGCAGCCCCGCGCAAUCAUCCCCGUCGCGAUUACCUACCUUGUCAAGACGCCCCACCGUUGGCGCCGCAGACAAAGAGCAUGGAGCCAAACGACGGAAUCAACUACCGCAGCCCUCGGCCUCGAAGACAGCCGCUACCGCGACGCAGGAAGACCGCGGCGCCGGCCAGUCCAGCCAGCCCGCGGCGCCCCAGAGCAGACCGCUGAACCGGACGCAAAGCGUCGGCGCAAAGCUGGCCGCCACGAGAAAGACGGGGGAUGCUGCAAGAAAGGAGAUGCCUCCCCCUCCGGUACCUUCAGGCGUGACUCGGACGCGGUCACUGCGGAGACCUACAGGUGGUCAGAAUGCCGCGUCAGGACUGCGCGCGCCGGCCUUGACCGGCGCUUCCUCAGGCGCUCCAAAGAAUGCUGGUUCCGGAAGCACCAGCAGACCAGGUUCAUCGUCAGGGACGUCGUCCAAAAACGCCGCAUUGCAGAAACCGGGUCUGAGGGAACGAACGAGAGCUGCCACAGUGUCUUCGCCCCAGCCUGAGCGGACACGUCCGGCGGCGGCGUCCCAAAAGAUUCAACAUGCGUCCAGCAGCGGCUCGAAGAUCGGCGGCACGGCCCUGAAGCAUACGAGAUCAAGGUCAGACCUCCCGGGUGGGGCAGGGCGGACGCAGACAGGCAUUGCAUCCUCCCGGAGCGCAAUGGGCUCAGAAAAAGAGCCCAAACCGGCGGCCAAGCCGGCUUUUUCCACGUUGCAGCAGCACUAUUCUCCAAAGAAGACGUCGGAGCCGAAGAAGGCUACGUCGGCCUUUUUCCAUGCAUCAUCAGUCAGCACCGGGGGUACGGACGCGCUUUCAGCCGAAGUGCUGGCGCUCCAAACAGAACUCCUCCAGCUACACAUGCUGCACGAGUCGGCAGCGGACGUCCGGACGCAGUGGGAGCGCAGCGCAGAGCACGCACUCCGGCUCCAAUUCUACGAGGUGGCGACGGCGCACCACAACAUGCGCAAGAACGAGAGCGAGGUGCAGGAGCUGGUGAACCUGCAUGCGCUGCAGGAGUGGAGCAGUGGGAACGCCACGUUGGGGCUCGCGGAGAAUAUCCAGCUCCUUGGGCCGCUCCUGAACGAGCUGCGGGCGCUCACGGACGCGGGCGGACGACACACGAGCGCGGUGCAAGAGUUCGAGGGGUGGAGCAGCCGGGCGGAGGAGGUGUGGAUGCAGCGGGAGCGGGAGCAGGAGCAGGGGCGGAGGGUGAGGGUGGUGGAGGGGCUCGGGGACGGAUGGAAGGUGGAAGUGGCGGCGCUCAUCCGCAAGGUGACGGCACUGGCACGCGACGCGGACCGGCUGGUAGAGCCGGCGGCGGGAUCCAGCAUCAGCACGGUGGUAGGAGGGUGCCGGGCGCUGGUGACGGGCAUCAUGCACGAACUGCAGCUCAUGAGGCGCAUCGAGGCCGAGGUGGGGCAGAGCGAGGCGUGGUUUGUCGAGCAGUCGCUGCAGGGAAUGGACGCAGAAACGGAGCUGGCGCAGGGAACGGGAGCGGGCGGCAUGGUGUGGCAGCAGGUGUAG